AUGUAUCGUUUCUCUUCUGACCGUCCAAAUAUAGCGAUUAAACAAAGUAAAAAAACAAUGUCUGAUUCAGCAUCAACCACAUCGACAAGUCAAGAUUUUGAUUUUAAAUUAAGUGAAAUGGUUAAGAAUAUAUUAAAUAAUCCUUCAUUUAUUCAAAUUAUCGUCAGUCAGGUCAAAGAACAUUUUAAAAAUGAAUUAAUUGAAGUAACUCAAACAUUAGAAGAUCAUCAAGCACAAAUUGAUGAUAUAACAAUGCGUCAUAAUGAUUUGGAACAAUAUGAUCGUCGAUUAAACAUAUUGGUUUAUGGUGUACCUGAAGAUAAAAAUGAAAAUACAACAGAUACAAUUCUUGAUAUGUGUCAAUCUAUCAAUGUUAAUAUAAAACAGUCAGAUAUAAGUACAUCGCAUCGUCUUGGAAAACC